ACCGUCCACCACUCUAUUUGGCAGGUUUAGUGCUCCAGCGGCGGUCUCCCGCCCCUGAGCGCCCAGCUGUGGCACAAAUCCGCCCCCAAUGUGACAGUCUCCACGGGUCACGAGGACAGGCCUCUUCCUCCCCCGCCCAGGCUGUUCCACCAGGGGGUGGUCACAAGGAGCCAGGUAAGUGCUUCGAUGUCCUUAGACUCAGCACGGCCACGACGUGGUGUGGCAUCUCGAGCUCUGCCCCGCCGCGAGGCCCCACCUGCCGCUACGUCCAAUGACGUUGUCCUUUUGGUCCCCCUUGUGCGGAACUUGGAUGCAUGGCUUGCGCUUUCCAAUCCGUCGCGAGGGCUGAACUUGGAUUGUCAGGAGAUGUUGCGAUGAAGCUUGCUUCCAUGCUUCCAGAAGGGCAGAACUACAAAAUCUAUACAGACAACUAUUUCACCUGCAUCCCAUUGGUAGUUCAGCUCCUUUGUCCUGGAAUUCAUUACAUGGGAACAGCCAGACAGGUACGCCUACCCAACUGUAACCUUGCAGAGGAGAAGAGCUUGAAGAAGAGUGGAAGAGGAAGCUUUGACUUUGGAGUCGAGGGGAACCACAACAUCUGUGCUGUCAAAUGGUUUGACAACAGGGCGGUGACACUUGUGCCAUCCUUUGCUGGUCCAGAACCUGUGCAGAAAAUUAAAUGCUGGGACAAAGCCACCAAAACCUACAUUGAAGUUGAGAGGCCUUACAUUCUGGGAACUUACAACAAAUUCAUGGGAGGUGUGGAUUUAUUGUAUUCAUUUGCUGCCAAAUAUAAGUUCUGCAUAAAAUCGAAAUGGUGGUACCUGUACAUCUUCUGGCACACCAUUAUUCUCGCUUUAAUCAAUGCCUGGCUCCUCUACAAGCGAGACUGCAAAGCCCUCAAGAUUUUGCCAAAAGAGAUGCUGAACAGGAGACAGUUUCAGGCAGAACUAGCAGAUUCUCUUAUCCUGGUGAACACAACUCCAAUUAAACCAAAGAGAGGGUGACCAUCUUCAGCCAGUAGCCCAGUAACACAGACGGUGACAUCAAGGAGCCCUUUGAAUGCUCACAAGAGACCGUCCUCAGAUGGGAAUGAACCAAACGGGACCCCAGCUAAGAGGCCAUCUGCACACCCCCCAGUGGAUGUGCGCAGGGACAUGGUUGCACAUUUACCAGUGAAGACAACAAGAGGACGCUGCAGACUCUGCAAACUGGCUACACCAAUACUCUAUGCCGCAAGUGCAAUGUUCGUCUUUGUUUUUCAGAGGACAAGAACGGUCUUUGGGACUACCAUACAUGAACUUUGGGACUAAGUCUAAGUUCAGUUUUUCCAACAACAUCUGAAAGGUAAAAAUUUUUUUUGCUCAUUUAUUUUAAAAUGUGGCCUUCACAGGGUUAAAGUGUUUCCACAAUCCGUCAAAAUCUUGCCCUCCACUCAAGCGUAAAGGAACAGGUUGAAAUCAACAGCGGAUGAUUCGGCUUCGCAUUUUGAUUCAUCCUCACAAUAUUUCAGUUAUUCUGUAGAAUUUAUCACAGGCUAUCAGUAUAAAAAAGUCAUAUUUGUUCACCUCACUAAUGCAAAACGGUGCCCAUAUAGUAUUUAUUAAAACCAAUUCUCAGGUACAAACUCCAAAUGAUUUCGUACAUCCACAUCAAAACGAGACGAGUCAUCCCAUGGCAAUAAUAGUUAAUUGAAUUACUCGCAUUACGUUGGAGAGCAAAUUACAAAGCUCCAACCGUACACUUAAGUUAAAUAAAUAUAAGACCUCGGAUAGGGUACAUCGGGGUCAGGGCCUUAUUAAGGUGCUCCGGGCCCCGGGGCGUUUUGCUGGGCCUCUGUCAGCCAUCCAAGCGGGAGGGACGUUCCCACUCAAUCACCAUGCACUACACGGACUGAUUUAACCAUUGUGCACCUUCUCUGUGUUUACAUCAGCAUCUCCUGUUUAACAAGUUUUCAUGCGCACCUUCCAGAGAACGUCGACAGGGAGAAUACGGUGGAGGAUGCCGCGGCUGGGGUAAAAAGCCCCCCGUUGCAGCAGCUAAAGGCCCCUAUAAAACACAUUAGAUUUGUUAAAGUGGGGCGAAUAGAUUUGUUAUGAAAAAUUUUCAAAGUGGGCUCACAGUACUGACUCAUCCAGUCAUAAUAAAGAUUAGCCGGUUUAUAGAAUACUUGAGAUGAAAUAAAAUGGAAAAUGUGUUUGAAAUUAAAGUGUUUAUUUUGAGUUAGCAUCAUCUUAAUUUGUAACAAUCUUGGUGUCUCAAAAUUAUUUGCAUUAGUUGACAAAUUUUGACCUAUAAUUAUUGCCCCAGUAUCUGCACGAUAUCACUUUAAACCCCCUAGGGGUCUUUCACCCCAGGUGUGGGAAAAAAGGCUCCUCACCACCUUUUUUUCAAAACUUAAUUUUAAUCGAAACAACCUUCUGUUGUUAUUUCUUUUCACACAAAUUAUGUUGCUUCAUCAAUAUUUAACAAAAAUAAAUAAAUAUUUUUGACCUUGAUACAUUUUGUGACCAGAAAAAAAGCAAAAUUUCGUAAGGGGUGCCUUCAGCCCCAUUGUCUCCUAUUCAUCUUAGUACUUAGUUUCAAGUGCCUUCUAAUUCAAUGACAAAUCACCACUUUAAAUGACAUUAUUUGUAUGCACAUGCAAGCAUUUAUCCUGACAUCGCUUCACAAAUGUUCCAGAAAUUUAAUCCAGCAAAUAAAUUAAGUUUAAGGUGUCCCCAGAUGCUACGUUUAAUUAUGUCUCCCUCAACAAGCGUUUGAACAUGGCUGCUUUGUUUCACACGUGUUCGCAGGUGUCUUGCAACACUAAAUUGUGCAAAAAUAAAUAAAUAAAUAAAAAUCCCAAAGUUCGAAAUAUCUUCCUAGAAGUACUUUUACAGGGGUUUCAACAGCAGUGUAACACAGCAGUGGUUCCACUAGCCUCCACCGGAACUCAUCUUUCAUGCUCUCAUUUACCAUUCCAGUUCAACCGCUCAACUUCUACAGCUCUGAUUGGUCAGAUGUCCCAGUCUGUUGUGAUUGGUCUACCGCUUAGUGUAGUGUUUGAGGGCAGGUCAAAGCAGUUCGCGAGCAGCCAAUGAAGACCAGGUGUGUUUUUUGUUACCAAAUAAUGUAGGUUAGUACAGGAAGUCCGGAAUUACUAAUGACUCGUUUCAAGUGUUCAGAAUCGGUUCUUUCUUUUGGGAGUCAAUAACUCAUUUAUAUGACAUUUGUCGUGCACUUUGAUUUUUGAAACUUUGCAGAAUUUUACAUUCACAAACAGCUAUAUAACACACUACAUGAAAGGUAAUAUUUGAAAAACCAUAACAGGUGCUCUUUAAUGCUAGGCAUUUCCGCAAAUGCGUGUUUUACAUAUUACUGUUUACAUUAUCAGUAAAUGUUAUAUUAUCCAUACACUCUUUCCCACUAGGAUGCAGCAAGUAGUGGUAGCCCUGCUGCCAAUGUUUCCAACAAUGAACAACCACUAUCAGAGCGCCGGACUCGGCGGUGAUCUCAGCAGAACGCAGAUGCCUGCCCAACCUUGAUCCCCAGUUAGCCGCAAUGUUAGCUGUGGAAUGAAGCAAUCUAUGUCUGACCAUGCUUCAGGUUCCUUCGGCCACACUCACUAAUGGUCCUAAUACCAAUCCACUGCAGCCUCAGCAUUUUACCAUGCUUCCGCCGAAGCCCCUUUCAUCUAUGCUUUGCAACUGCAAGUCCCUUUCUCCUCUAACUCAUACAGACCACCCCGGUACCUCACCGCAAAUCCUCUCCUUGGGCAGUGCGCUCAAGCUUGGUGACACCACAACAGCGGCGCCCCUGCAAUUGGCUCAAUACAUCUCCGAAGCAGUGCUAAUGCGCUGUUCACUUGCCGCAACCACGUGUUUUUCUGCUUAAUCAUCUCAUAUUAUGCCACCUAUACCAAAUGAACUAUUACCCACCUUAGUGAUUGACAACAAUCUGGCUGUUUUUUUAUUUUUUAUUGCAUUUCUGCAUCAAUCAUUUUCAUUAGAAUAUACUAUAUGCCCUCCCGUCGAACGCCGUGCUUGGUGACUUAGACCGUUCGUAUCGCAGAGUGAGUUCUCAUUAAUAUGCAACAUAAAAUUUUUACAUGAAAACAUGGGCUCUUCCCACUAAACGCUGUAUGGUCCUACGCUCGAGGAUUCAGCCUGUUCGUUUCGCAUAGGGAGUUCUAUUAAAACGCCGCAUACAUCACUUUCACAAGAAUCAAGUGCUCUCCCAUCUAAUGCUGAGGCCCAUGCCUGCAAAUUUAGACGCUUGCAGCACUGAGUGAGCUCAGUAAAUAGAGCAUAAACCAUUUUCAUGAAUAGUAUGCUCUCACUUUGAAUGCAGUGCGGUCCCACACUUGAGGAUUCAGCCCAUUCAUUUCACAAAGAGGGGAGGGCUCUCGUUAUAAAGCAACUUUAAUCACUUCAUUUGAAUGCAGCGCCGGCUCUCCCAUUCGAAUGCAGCGAGAGUCACCAUGUCCAGGCCGUGGGCUCUCCCAUUUGAAUCACAGUACGGCUCUCCCGUUUAAAUGCAGUACGGGCUCUCCUGUUCGAAUCGCAGUAAAGGCUCUCCUGUUUGAAUGCAGCGAGAGUCCACAUGUAGGCUGUGGGCUCUCCCAUUCAAAGGCAGCAUGGGCUCUCCCGUUCAUACACAGCAAGGGCUCUCCCGUUCGGAUGCAGCAAGAGUCCACGUGCUGCCAUGGGCUCUCCCAUUCUAAUGCAGUAUGGCUCUCCCGUUCAGGCCGUGGACUCUCCCAUUUGAAUCGCAGUAUGGCUCUCCCUUUCAAAUGCAAUACGGCUCUCCCAUUCAAAUGCAGUACAGCUCUCCUGUUCAAACACAGUAUGGCUCUCCCGUUUAAACGCAGCACAAGCUCUCCCGUUCGAAUCGCAGUAGGGCUCUUCCAUUCGAACGCAUGGAGGACCCCCAUUCGAAUGCAUGCUGGGCUUACCCAUUCAAAUCGUCAUGCAAACCUUACAUCAGUAGGGUGCAGUAUACGCUGAGUAAAUCAUUUAUGUGAAUCAGAUAUAAAAAAGAAGAUAUUUAAUUUAUAUUUUCAACCUGCCGAUUUCUGUCCAGCUCUCCCAAGUUAAAUCCCCAAGAGACCUCUUCGCAGACGACAAAAAAACAAAAAAAAAAGGUCUGCCCAAACAGUAAAUCUGUUCACUGGGCCAUUGGUCAUCCAACACAUACCAUAGCUACAUCUGUACCAACCAUUUCCACAUUAAAAAGGCGCACCAAGCCCUAAUCAGCUAGACAUCUCUUACUCAAUGAUUUAAUUUAAAUUCAUUAAUGUUAAGGGUCCGGUGGGUGGGGGCUUGUUUCAAACAAUGCUAUGUACGAUUAGAAUUUAAUAUUUUUGUAUGUUGUUUUAAAUCAACAACUGACUGUAAAGAACAGAAAUUAUAUUAAAAGAGACAUUAUUCAGUGACAAAUGGAUUGCGUGGAUCUUAUCUUUGGACACACAGAAUGAAUCAAACCAAACUUUUACUCUCAACAUGCAGUGAAUAGAUCUCGUUGCUGAACUCACUAUACUAAAUUACUGGUUAGUGAAAUAUGAAAGUUUACCAGGGGUUGCGCAUAGAGCAAAGUUCUAUAUCAAGAAUCGAUAUCAAGAUUGUUCAAAUUAAGGUUACGAUGUAUUAAAAAAAUAUAUUUUUUUACCCAGUCCUAGUAGGAAACAUAACUCGGACAUCGCCCUUUCAUACCCCUAUUUUGCAAUUAUAAAUGAGUGGUUGUAUAGAGUAAGACAGGAGUGUCUCGCCAUCAAGUGGGCGGUCCU